UCACCGGGUCCUAGCCAGAGAUUCCCUGAGGGUACCUGGUGAUCGCUGAGUAAAACUGACAGGGGAAAGACCUGUGUGUAAACAACACAGCAGAGAAAUGCACAGCAGCAUGUGUCCCUAGUAAAACAUACACAGCACAUGAUGUAAAACAGCACACAGGUUUGAUCGCCCCAGAUGUUAACCCCUUGCCCAGUAUCAUUAGUACAGUGUCAGUGCUUUUUAUUAGCACUGAUUACUGUAUUCGUGUCAGUGGAAGUUAGUCAGUUUCCCCCAGUGUCAGAAUGCCCGCCGCAG